AUGUCUCCCACUCGUUCAGUAUCUCAAGGACCUCCAGACAUGUUGCAGAAGUCAACCUUGACAAAAUCGAAAUCCACUAACUCUCUACGGACGAAAGCAGCUCUACAGGCAGCAGAAGCACAAUCGCUUCGUGAUGCUGAGAGCUCGUUUCACACUAUUCGGGAUCCACGGAUGGCAAGCACUUUGGAUCUGUCGAGAGCUUCGUCAACCUCUCGAAGCGCCGAGAAGGACGAAGUUGCGGUACUGAGUGAUAAGCUGAUCGCAGCCAUCAAUCACCAGCAAAACUUGGAUGACAACUUGGCCCAAACGCGCCAUGAACUUGAGUCAGCAAAUGCUAAAUCGACACAGUUGGAAGCAAAGAUCAAGGAAUACGAGUCACAAAUAUCGAACAGACAGAGUGUACAGGAAGAGAUUGAGAGGCUGCGUACGACUACGGAAGAAAUAAGAAAGCAGAAUGAAGCUCUGUCGCAGGAGAAAAGGUCAUUACAAUCAGAAAUGGAGAACCUAUCCGCGUCUUUGUUCGAGGAAGCCAACAAAAUGGUCGCCUCGGCCAAUGAGCAGAGGGCUGCUACUGAGAAGAAGAAUCAACAAUUGCGAGAUCAGAUAAGAGACGGAGAAGCUGUUAUUGCCUCACAGAUCGAGCAAUUGGCACAGCUGAAGCUACUAAUGCAAGAUAUUGGCAACGAGCACCGUAAAGAGCUGGCCGAUUCACCCAGUCGCGUCAGUAUGACCCCAGCAAGUCCUCAGCCUCUACGGGACGAGAAUCUAGCACGGUUGCUAGAAGCUAUGAAUCUUGAACCUGUAACACCGGAUCACCCAGAAAUCGCACCAAGUCCUUCCACACAAUUAACUCAUCUCAUCAAGCCGCAGUGUCGGACGGAUGUUCCGACUUACGAAGAUUUCAAGAAUAUGGUGUCCACUUCGAAUCCCCGAUCCCACACUCCUUCACAUGCGGCCUCUAGAGCGGGCUCUGGUUCUUAUGGAGGACUAAGUGGGCUUGGUCUUGGUGGUUUGUCGCAAAACAAUUCCUCGAGUCCGAACCUAUCCACACAAAAUACCUCAUCAAAGUUAACACCCUCACCAGGUCUACCAGGCUCUUUCUCGCCUGCACCGGAUCAGAGAGGACCGCAGCCCUUGAAAGAUACGCGAUUUUUCAAACGAUUAAUGGUGGAGGACAUCGAGCCAACACUCAGAUUAGAUCUAUCGCCUACAGUAUCCUGGUUGCAGAGACGAAGCAUUCUAGCAGCUGUUGCUGACAGCAGUUUAAUCGUUGAACCAAUACCUGACGCUUCGCAGAAACUAUACGGGAAAUACACAUCCUGUUCGGUUUGUGGUGAAGCCAGACGUGAAGGCCAGAAUCCUCGAACGCAUGCUAUGCGGACAAGAGAGGGUGAAGGCGCCAACAAAUGGGCAGUCUGUCAGUUAUGCUUGGAGAAGGUUCGUGCAGUGGGUGACUUGAUUGGGUACGUUCGCAUGGUAAGAGAUGGAGUAGUCAAAAUUGCAGAUCUAAGGGACGAAGAAGAGGCUUGGGAGGAGAUAAUCAGACUCCGAGAAAGACUUUUCUGGGCCCGACUAGCAGGUGGUGUCGUACCAGCCUUCAUAGUAAACAACAAAUCUACACCUGCGACAACGAAAUUAGAGCGUCCAGGGCUCGGUCACACCACCAGCGAACAAUCUAAUAAAGAGAAUGAAAAUUCUGGCUUCAAAACACCUGAUACAGGUUCAAGAAGAACGAGCGAAGAAGACUCAAUCCAGAAUGGCGAAUCGACCCUCCAUGUAUCUAAGCACAAUCACGACGCGUACAACCAGAACCAGCAAAUCAACCUCCAGCCAGGUCUCGAUGGUAACGAAGGCCUGACCACAUUCGAAAACGCACGGGAGAAGGCACUUGAGAAUAACGCGCGGCACGGCCCUAGUUCUGUGCCUGGUACACCGCCGCGUGGACAUUCAAAGCGUGAGAGUUCAGGGAGUGCAAGCGGAUUUCCUCGGAUCAGUAUUCCUAAGAUGCCGAAUCUGCCACAAGGGUUCUGGCAGGGUGAGGUCAAUACUCUGCACUGA